UCGCUUUGUGUGGGAGUUCUAGGGUUUCCUAAAAUGUAAUCAUUGUGUUUCUUACUUUAAAAUCUUCGUAAAUUAUUGCGUCGAAUACAGGAAAUUAGUAUCAUAAAGGAUUUGUGCAGAUUGAGGAAGAAUUCGUUGAAUUUGUGUGAAAUGUUUAAGUGACCUUGAGUAAGCAACAGCUGUCAAAAGAACCUAACUAAUUUGAGAGAAUAGGAAAUGGUUUGAAAACAAUUCACAACAAAUUAUUCCAUCAUGAGGAACGUGGAAGCACAUCUUCUGGAAGAUAAGAUGGAUGAAGCAGUGACGCAUUAUAUAAAUUCCCACCAACCUCCAGAGUCAGUCCAUGUGGAUGCAAGCUCGCUGGCUCUCAACGUGCAGGAAGACGCGGGCGGCAGAGUGGUUACUUUGAUGCAUCCACAGAAUUUCUCCUCGCAGAUGUGCAGACAGGUGUCACUGGGGGAUCAGGUGGGGGAAGGAACCUGGGUGGAAGAGCUGCUGGAUCAGGAAGGUAGACUAGCCGCGCUGGUGGCCCAUCUUUCACGCGCCUCGCAUCAUUCACACACCGGACAUCACAAGGUAUCGUCUUUGAGGGGAGACAUGGACGCUUCAGUCAUUCUUGAUGCUCCUAUGAGAUUGUUUAAUGGACAACAAAUGGACCAACAUCCAGAGUCGAUUGUUGUGCAAGCACUGCCGCCCCUGCAGGACAUGAAGAGAUGCCCCGACGAGGACUGGUUUAAUAAGGACAAAGCUAGCUUAAAGGACGGUACACAAAUCCUGACGGAGCAGGACAGACAAGUGCUGGAGAUGGGUCCGGGCGCGUCCCCGGCACAGCACAAGCACAACAGGAAGAGUCUACCGCACAAGAAGAGGAUAUCCAGGAAGUUGAAACGCACCAACGGCAGCAGUACGCCGCAGCAGGACAUAGUAGUGAUAAACUGCAACGAUGAAGUCCCUCAGGAAGAGAUUUUGCCCGACAGCUUCGUCAACGGCGUGGCUCAUCAGGAGCACUUGCCCGAGGACCCGCAUCACAUCACUCAUGAGAUGCGUGCGCUGUUCAUGUGCCAGCUGUGCGGCGAGUUCUACGGCGACGAGCAGCUGAAGUUCUACCAGCACCUCAAGCAGCACUACGAGCCGCACGACACUAUCAUCAUAGAGAACCCGGUGCCGGUGCCCGACCUCGGCAUCGAUAAGAUGACAAACACAUGCAUUGUGGACAACGCAGCCAAUUUACCGGACUCGAUUGUCGAGCUAUCUCUCGAAAACACCGUACCAAAGACAAUGUACCAACCUAUAGACAAACACAUCCUUUACACGUCAAGCGACAAAACACUCAACUACCAUAGCAAUAAAGUGCAAUAUUCCGAGGCGAGUAUGGAUAAAGAAGUACCUGAGAGCGAGAAGGCGGAUAUGUACGAGCCACUGGAUAAGCUGGAGAAUAUGUAUUUCUGUACAAAGUGCAAUAAGUCGUUCAGGAAGCAGAAACAAUGCGAGGUGCAUAUAAAGGAGGCGCAUUCGAAUCCAAAGCUGGACGACAUGGGCGAGUUCAGCGAGCCUGAGGACCUGAUGGAGGGCAUCCACGUGGCCGUGGACGAUGCGGCCGAGCCUUACGAGCCGCCGCUGCUGCCGCACCUCACCGUGGACAACGGCCAUGUGCACCAGGAACACGUGCGCACCUGGUAUCUACGUAACGGCGCAAGCCCUGGCGCAGUUUCACCCCUUUGCGGCUGCGGCGGCGUCGGCUACUGCCCCGCCUGCACCCAUCCGCCCCAAUCACCCUUACACCCCUCUAUGCACCCACCGGGUAUCACCCCACAGAGCCAUCCCCCAAACCAAACCACCCAGCCGUCCCAAAGCACCCACGUUCCGCAGACGAGUCAGACGCAGGCGAUUAUGCACGCGAGCAGUCCGACGAACAGUCUCGCGAGCACUCACCCGACCAACCACGCGUCGCAUCAUCAGCAGAGUACAAGCAGUCAUCGGCCGCUUGACGCCAAAGAAGAGGCGCUCCAAAGGAUAUUCGACAGCAAUGAAGAACCGCCGGAAACUGCUUUCCCAGACAACGAGAUCUUAGGAAUACACUCAGGGUUACACAUAGAGGAGGAAAAUUCAGGGAACGAAAGGUCUGACAAGAAAAAAGCCAAGUCGUUCGAAUGCCCGCACUGUAGGAGAGUGUUUCAACACAGAAACAGUCUACUUUAUCACGUUUUGAUGCACAGUGAGAAACAACAAGUGUGUCGAGAUUGUGGGAAGAGCUUUUACACGCCCAGUGCCUUGAAGAUUCACAAGCGAGUGCACAACGACGACCGGCCGUGCAAGUGCGACGAGUGCGGCCGCGAGUUCCGCCAGUGGAGCGACCUCAAGUACCACAAGGCGUCCAUACAUUCCAACAAGAAGAACUUCAAGUGCGAGUUUUGCGGCAAGGAGUUCGCGCGGCGCUACUCGCUCAGCGUGCACCGCCGCAUCCACACGGGCGAGCGCAACUACAAGUGUGACUACUGCAGUAAGACCUUCCGCGCGUCUUCCUACCGCCUGAGCCACAUGAGGACUCACACUGGAAGCAAACCCUACAAGUGUACGCAGUGCGAAAAGUGUUUCCGCGUUGCGUACGACCUGCGACGGCACAUGCUCAUACACGACAAAGUGCGAGUCCGGCUCGACGAACAUAAAGGCAAGACGAAAGACAUCAAAGACAAGAAACCCAACUUAGACAUAAAGUUGGAACACAACCCUAAACAAGAACCGAAGUCGCCCGAGAGUGAAGAAAUGAAAACAGACAGCAAACUACCCAUAUUGAAAAGUCUACUCGACAAAAAACCGUCCAAAUCCAAAAAGAGUCCGAAAAAACCGCCUAAUGUUACAGUGCAAAAUAAGGAAGGACAUUUCAAAAUCAACUACGAAGCAUUCGAUUCGCGAGAGCAUUACAUUCUCGGCGACUUCAAACAGAAGGAAACUGAUGAGAUAAUUAGGCUACAAGAGAGGCACGAGGAGAGAGACAUCACUAACUUGAGGUCUUUGAAAAGCCAACAGAUUUGCGAAAUAGUGGAUAGUGAUAGGUUAGUUUUUAACAGAGAGAACACCGAUGGGAAACUGCAAAUUUUCACUCAGAUCGAGAAAAAUAAAGACUAUAGUCCCAUCGUUGGGAAUGCCAUGACUCUCAACGAUAUAAGGAAUCUAGAGAGGGAGGUGGGCAGGGAGGUGAGGAACGACUUACAAGGGGAGGGCAUCGAGACUGUGUUCUUCGAAAGGCUGUCAGCUUACUGCAAUAACAUACCGGCCGUAUGAGACAAGUAUUGGAGGACUGGUAAUCUACCAGUCAGUUAGCUGUGGACCAUUUAGUGAAAUUUUCUUCUGUUUAUUAUACUUUUUUUUUUUUUUGUAAUUUUGUUCGGAUUUGGCGUCGAGUCGGAAUUUCCAGAAAUCGCAAUAGAAUUGGUAGGUAUAUAGACGUGAAAAAUCGAAACGAUUUUGUUUAAAGAAAUACUCAAGAUUUAUGGUUUAUGAAAAUAACCGUGGUAUAGUCAAAAAAAUAGAACAAAGUAUUCACAUUUUUAGUAACACUAAAACUUUAAUGUAAUUUUUUGCAUUGAAUUUGUAUUUAAAAAUUUAAAAAAAAUGUUUUACUGUACUCUAAAUUGUUAUCUGUAAGAACUAAGAACAACAUAUUGUACAAACUUACUUGUCUAAAAUUACUUAAACUUAAUUAAAUAUAUAUAAAUGGCUGCAUUCACGUAGGUUUUCGUCGCAGUACGGCCGACCAUUAUCGAAACCGUUCGGAGCUCUUCAGAAGCUUGUUUACAGGGCGCGGCUAGUUCAAAACUAAACAAACUUCAAACUUUUCUAUUCUUAUAGAUAAUAAAUAGACGUCGAAUAAACACUCUCAAGCUAUUUUAAAUUAAGAGAAAGAAAAUUGUUAUACCAUAUUUUGUUGUGGUCUUUUGUAACUCCGAAAUCGGCACUGAAUUUGACUUUUGCUAACAUUUUCCAAUUGUUACGUGUAUUCGAAAUAUUUUCGAGCGGUUCUUAAUAUGCUACCUAAUGCAUCUGUGAUAGCGUUUACUUAUAUAAUAAUUAUUAUGUAUUUAUACCUUUUGAGGCCAAAUACUUAUCACAGCCUCGAGUGUUACACCCGCGUUCACAAGUCUCACUAUGAAGUCUCAUAGUGCAUCCGAACUCAUGAUGUAGGUUCCUCUAUUCAAGAGGCGUUGUUACACGUCGGAACUUGUCAUACACUGUAUAACACUUAAACGCCCGCAAUCGUGGAAUCAUUUUCGAAUAUUUCAUCGUAUAACAUCAAUGCAAAAUUGACCUUGAUAUUAAUAGUGGUAGAGUCGUUAAUCCUGUAAUUUUCUCCAUGCGCAGUUGACGAAUUUGAGCUUUAAAACUAGCAAAUUAGAUCCCAUUUUACUCUAACGUUUCAUAGUAUCAUUACUCGAAAUAGGCCUUAAAUACGAACGUACCAAGCCUCUGAUUAAUGGUGAACCUACAUAUUCAUGACCACCGAGUCUUUAUAGUGAUUUAGUUAUAUUUGCUUGUGAAUACGGGUAUAAGUUUUAGUGUAGGCAAACCUCGUCACUAAAUUUAGCGUUAAUCUGACAACUUCUAUGGUGAGCCAUAUGAGUUUUAUUAUGUACUGAGACAUCAGAAUGCAAGCCUGCAAGUAACAAAUGUGUCUGUAUCUGACAAAUACAUGUAAAGAUACCUUUAAACACUCUAGUUAAACAGUUGGCAGAAGGCUACACCCUAUAGUCUUAUAAAGAAAAAAAAGUUUUUUUUACUUUUCAUUGUGAAGUUUAUUUCCAAAUUGUUAAGGGAAUAAUCAAAAUAAGUAGGUGAGUCUUUAUUACUCUCUUAACAAUUUGGAAAUAAACUUUACAAUGAAAAGUAACAAAUUCUCAUUGCUUGAAAAUGUUAAAUAAAAAUGAGAUGUUAAGCAUAAUACAUCUCAGGCUGGCUUCGAAAAUAAAUAUAAUUAUUUUAAGCCAAAAAUGAUUACUUAUAAUAUUAUGAAAUGUCAAGUGUACAUUUCACAAAGUAAAUAUUAAAAUAUGUCUCGAAAUGUCAGCCUAUGGCAAAAUAUUGAGAGUCAUAAUCACAAUCAUUUUUUUAUAUUUCUACUUUAAGCUUUGCACGAAAAAAUAAUGAAAUUAUUAUGAACAUUAUAUUACAAGUUAGAAAAAAUGGUACUUUCGUCUCACCUUUGUCAUAAAAGUGUCUCGUACGUACGCUAACUUCAGUGAGAGAGUUUUCCCUACGUUAUACGAUAAAGUCGAGGCUCUGUUUUUGUAUAGUUGUUUGGAAUAUCUACUGUAUAUAUUAGUUGUAUAUUACAUAAGAUCAAGAUUGUUGUAAGUUUGUUACAUUUUUAUUUUAAAUUGACUUAUUACUCUAAUAAACUUUAAAAUUUAACAAAUUUUUUAGAAGACUAGUUAAUUGUAAGUUUCCACUACACCUGCCAGGUGUUUAGCGUGCCUUUUCACCAGGGAUAUCCUGUUAUUAAAAUAUUGUUAUAAUGCUUUUUGACCAGAGAUUUGAUGCCUUUUUCAACAGGGAUGGUAUGCCUUUUUGUCCAUGUAUUAUAUCUUUUGAACAGGGUAAUGAUGUAUUUAUGUGUUUUGACCACUGUUUUUUUUUGGAUCGGGGAUACGAUACCUUUUAACCAUGGAUAUGAGUCCUUCUGACCAGAGAUAUGAUUCCUCUUGACCUCCGAGUUUUAUUGACUGGGGAUACGAGUCUUUUGACCAGAGAUAUGACCUUCCUUGACCUCUGACUCUUUCGAACCGGUGAAAUGAUUCCUUUUGAUCAACGAAUUGGUUUAUAUGAAUCAGAAUCAUUUAUUUUCAGUUAAAAUAUGGUAUAUUUAACAUGUUUACAGUCCAUUGUUUCAUUACUUUUUAGUCUAAAAUAUUAUUCAAAAAAGGUUUACCCACAAAAAAAACUCUUUUUAUAUUUGUAUUUAUGUCUUAAAAAGUAAUUUACACAAACAUUUUUUUAAACAUCACGAUUUUAGGUAGUAAAAGAUAUAGUUGUUAGUUAUUGGGGCCCCUCGGUAGUUGUUUCAUAUUUUGAGGCCCUCGAUCUCCUAAGAAUAUACAGUUACCUCCCUUGCACCCAGUCGCCCGAUUCAGUAUCUUUUUCCAAGUUGCCAACUCUUCAUACAAACCUCAUAAUAAUAGACAGGGGCAGUCGGAUCAUCCUGUUCACAUCCCACUGCUCCGCACAAGCCUCUUAUAGGAGAGGAAAUCAGAGCAUGAACCACCUCGCUGCUCGUAUGUGGCAAGGCGGGAAUUAACGAUUAUUUAUUAUACACAAUAUUAUGUGAGUCAAGGACAAUGCCCAUUUCCUAAACUAGCUAUUGAUUUUUUUUUGACAGAAAAUCUCGAAUGCCAUUUACUUACUUGAACCUAGAAUCAAAAUCGGGACCUUUACUCCAAUACGCUGCUCACAGUGAACAAACUUUGGACCAACGAGACAGUUGUACAUUCAUCACAAUUGCAUGGAGAUGACAGUCAGACGGCCUUCGGUUUGAACCGUCAUACGAGUUACCGAAUCGGGUGACUGGUCGGUGUAGUGGCAACCAGCCUUUGAGUACCUAACUGUAAAAUAAUCAACAAAUAACCAUCGUAUGUUCUCAAUACAAAUAUAUUUAUACGGAAACAGUAAAUUAUGUCGAAUUAUGUGUAAAGUAUAAGGCGCUUCGCAAACGUAGAGCCUUGAAUUGUUGAUAUUGAAGACUGCAACUGACAAAUGUCUUAUGCAUCAUAGACUUCGACUGCUGGAUCAAAGUCUUUUGAAGGUCGUUCCAAAUUCCACGGUUUUGUGCAGCUUGUGUCCAGUGUCUUAUGUAUAUUAAU